AUGUUGUCUCUUAUAUAGUUCUAAAAUUUAGCUUCUUUUAAUAAUUUAACCGAAUUCUCUUCUCCACUUACUUUGAUCAAUCUAGGAGUUAAGAGGAUUAUUUUAAUAGCAGCAAAGCUAAUUAUCUAAUUGGAUGUAUAUUAAUAUAGGUGGUUCAACCUCUGUCAUUUCAAUUACAUUUUACUAAAAAUCAAAUAUUAAUCUUUCCCUUUAUUUCAAUUGAAAUAUAAUUAUCUAUUAACUUCUAAAAAGUCUCUUUAGACCUUUCUCAAUAUUAUACAAUAUAUCACACCUACAAUCUGUAAGUAUUUGAAUUUAUCAUCAUUAUUUUUGGCAUUCUAAAUGAUAAUAAUUCUAUGGUUGAUUUAAGUUUCAUUGAUAUUUUAAUUUUAUUUAAAUUAAUCGUUGAUGGAUAAUAUACCACAAGCACAGAAGAAAUAUGUUCUCACAGACAUAAUGAAAAAGAGAAAGCAUCAAUCAAGUCUAAAUGAGGAGAGAGCACGUUAAAUUAAGGAGAGAAUCCAAAAGAAAAAAUAAAAGACUAAGGAUUUCGUUCAUCCUGAAAAGUUUGUGGAUAAAUAUCGUAAACAAUAAACAGCAUAUUCUUAUUUUAAAAGAAAAGAACGCAAACAAAAUUUAGAAACAGUUGAUACAAAAUCUAUUCCAAUUAAUAAAACAUUACUUGUGGUGAGAAUUAGAGGUGUUAAAGAUAUCUCCAACAGACAACAAAAAAUACUGAAGGAAUUGAGAUUAAACAAGGUUAACACAGCUGUUUUUGUGAGGACAUCUGUAGAUAUUUGGAGGAAGCUGAAAUUAGUUGAGAAUUAUAUUACCUAUGGAUUGCCAACACGAUAAAUUAUCAACGAUUUAAUUGUUAAGAGAGGACACAUUAUGAAGGAUAAAGAAAUUAUUGCAUUGAAAUCCAACGAAAUCAUAGAAGAGUAUAUGAGUGAGAAGGACAUUAUUUGUGUUGAGGACAUUGUGAAUACAAUUGCAAAUGCAUCAGAGAAUUUCGACUUUGUUACCAAAUUCUUAGUGCCAUUAAAAUUAAAUCAUCCUGAAGGACAAUUGAAGAGUGGUAAGAUCAAAAAGCCUUUGACAAAGCAAGGAGAAUGGGGUUACAGAGAAGAAAGAAUAAACAGCCUUGUAGAAAAUAUGAUUUGAUUUAUAUAUAUAUUCAAAUUAGAUCAAUAUCUCCAUAA